AUGGCUGUGCAGGGUGGGGUUGGAACAGGAAUGGCGAUUGAGAUGGUGACUGUGUUGCAGAGCCUGUCGAACCCGCCCCUCACCACCGCUCUCCACCUGCGCCCAAACCUUCAAUUCGACUUCUCACUCUUCACAGAAUCGUCCCUCCGUCGCGUGGGCAUCCCAUCGCUACCCAGCAGGGAGGAGGAGAGGGAGCGGCGGCUAAGACAACACGUGUUGGCGCUAGCAGAGGCCCAUGCAGUGGGGGACUGGGCGCUGGUGCGGCGGUGGGGGAAGAAGGUGCGGGGGGAGGCGACUGCGGAGGGGGAUGUGGUGCAGCGAGUGGCAUGGUACAUGCUGCAGGCUCUAGAAGCAAGGGCGGAUGGCACUGCUGCUGUGAAAUGGCGAGCGCCGGUCGAGUAUAAAGUCAAGGUGGGUCGUUGCUGGUGUGGUGGUCUAUGUGUGAGGCGAGAGGUGAGUGAGAGAGGGGAUCUGGUGCAGCGCGUGGCAUGGCACAUGCUGCAGGCUCUGGAGGCGAGGGCGGAUGGCACUGCUGCUGUCGAGUGGCGACAUACGGUUAGGAUGUGA